AUGGCAGCGAGCAUGGUGGGAGCGGCGGAGGGGAAGCUGGCGCUGGGAGACAUGAGGGUGCUCAAGCCAUUGGGCCAUCUGCUGGUCGGGCUGGUGCUGUACUGGGUGGCCGAGGAGAUGACGGUGCCUGUGCUGGUCGACGUCACCACCGCCGCCCUCUGCCCUGGCGACGGUAGCACCUCCUGCCCGGAGGCCAUCUACCUCACCGGCCUCCACCAAACGGUUGGAGGCAUUUUCAGGGCGGUGGGAUUCACUCUGAUGGGGCAGCUGGCCGACGAGUAUGGCAGGAAGCCUCUCCUCAUCCUCGCCGCCGGCACCUCCAUCAUCCCUUACAGUGUGCUUGCUCUGAGCAGCACCAAGGUCGCCGUGUAUGUCUACCUUGUCACACGCACUCUCUCAUUCAUGAUCGGCCAAGGAACCAUAACCUGCCUCGCAUUGGCGUACACGGCGGAUUUGGUAGAACCGUCCAAGAGGGCCUUCGCGUUUGGCUGCAUGACCGGGAUCCUGUCGGCUUCGCACUCCCUGGGGAACGUCUUCUCCAGGUUUCUGCCCGAGCAGUGGAUUUUUCAGGUCUCGGUUCUUCUGCUGGUCUGUUCCGUGGUCUACAUGAAGAUUUGUCUGGUUGAGACGCUUCAGAAAGCUCCCUCUGCUUCGUGUCAGCGUUUGUCCUUGUCGUCUUUGGUUCUCGGUUUGCCGCAGCAGCGUUGGGAGUCUAUCAAGGACAACAUUAGCAUGAUCAAAAUCAACAACACACUUAAGCGAAUCACAUACAUUUCCUUCUUCUACGAGUUAGGCAUGAUUGGCAUCAGCGAUGUUCUACUGUAUUACCUGAAGCUGGUAUUUGGAUUUGACAAGAAUCAGUUCUCCGAAAUUCUAAUGGUGGUUGGAAUUGGUUCAAUCUUUUCUCAGAUACUGAUACUCCCAGGUGCUAUCCAUGCAAUUGGCGAGAAGGGAGUCCUGUGCAUUUCAAUAUUUGCAUCUGUUGCUUAUGCUAUGCUGUACGGCUUGGCCUGGAGUUGGUGGGCUCCAUAUUUUGCUUCUUCACUGGGUAUCAUCUAUUGUCUGGUCAAACCGGCUACUUAUGCGAUCAUCUCUAGGGAAGUAGUCUCAGCUGACCAGGGAAAGGCACAGGGAUUCAUCGCAACAGUGAAAUCCACAGCUAUACUGAUGGCCCCAUUGUUCAUGAGCCCUCUAACCUCCUACUUCAUUUCGGAAGAAGCACCCUUCAACUGCAAAGGUUUCAGUUUUCUUGUCGCGGGUUUCUUCCUGGCAAUAUCAUUGCCAUUUGCUUGGAUGCUUGAUCCAGAAAGCAAAGACAAACUCAUUGCAGUUGCAGAUCAAGACCAGCUCUAUCAGGAAGCAGUUCAAGCACCACUGUUGGCACAACCAUGA